GGUCAAGCUCCUACUUUCAGAUUGCCUAUUGAAACUCGUCGUGCGAGCAUCGGUGUGACUGAACAGAGGAGACGUUACGUUGUGGGGACUUUAUCUGUUAAUGCUCCUUCCUAAUAUAGCAAUUUGUAUACCCUAAGUAACUCUGAAAGGACAAUUUAUACCGAAGUUUCAUUAAGUGUAAUGGUUACUGAUAUAAAUUCACGUCGUAUCGCGACGUUGAGUUUAGCCAGUGUCUGUCGAUACUUGUCUGAGUAUGUUUGUUAAUUCUCUACCGGACCAGGGUCGCCAUAAAAUAACAAAGUAUAAUGCUCGCAGUGAGUACACUGUAUAUACAAUGUAGUAUAAGUUUUCUGUUCUGGUAAUCUUCGAAACAGUCAGCAAGCGUGCCGUUACAUUAAUUACAAAUCAGCGCUGGGUGGUUAUUAUAAGGGUUUGACGCACAGGACUCUUUACAAGUAACAGAACGUUUGAAGUCAGAGAGUGGAGAAAUAUUUACCAUUGUGGGGUUCAAUCAAUUUGCAAACUCAUUCAUACUGGGAUGUGCAUUGAACAUUGGAGCAAUGUAAAAGACUCAUUCAAGUAUGUGUGCGUGCUUGUUAGGUCAACAGGAACUUCAACAUAUAUGCGGAAAUGACAAAAGUAAAUGUUAAUAUAUCUUACAGAGUUUAUCUGUGGAUGUAAAUGUGUGACAGUAAAUUAUACCUACUACCACCCACACAGAACUUAACAUUGCCGAUGUGUAUGAACAUCUUAUCUACAUUCGCCACCUGUUGGUGUAACUGUUAAAGGGAUUUUACCUAUCAUCAGGAAUAUCUCCAAUACGGUAGUGACGUAAUAACUUCACGGAUGUCAACCAUGCCUUUGUUGUCAUUCUCGGCUGGGAGGAUGGCGGACAAUUCUAAUAUGUCCGAUCUGGACUACUUGAUGACAACUAUAGAUCCCUUCAACUCUUCGCGACAUGCCGGAAACAUCAGCAGAUGUCGGUCUGUUCACGACAAAGAGUAUAAUCAGAAGAUACGGAUCAUUAACUUGUAUAUAACCUUGAUCCUUGGCACCCUUGGAGGUAUCAUGGUUUUAGCUUGGAUGUCCAACAACCGUCGACUGAAGACAAGGAUGAACAGUCUAUCACGUGUUAACAGUUUCAUUCUGAACUUGACCAUCGCAGACUUAGCCGUCAUGUUUCUUGCAGUCCUAACACAGCUAGUAUGGGAGUACCAGGACAAGCGGGAGUGGGAGGCUGGGGCCUUUCUCUGUAAGAUGGUCAAGUUCUGUCAGAGUUUUACUCUCAUGGCCAGUACUAAUAUGCUAGUGGUCAUCGCUAUUGACAGACACCAGGCCAUUCUUCGACCACUCAAGACACCAAUCGCGGUAUGGAAGAUGGCUGGCGCUGGUUGGGCAGUAGCCGCCUUUGGAUCCCUACCGAUGUUAUACGUGUUCCGAACAAACGUCGUCGAUGGUGUCACAAAGUGUGAGAAUAUAUUCAGAGAUCUACCGAGGUCCCACAGGAAGGCGUUCUUAACAUAUGCUGCCGUCAUCGUGUUUCUCAUCCCAAUAUGUCUCCUCAUAUUCUGUUAUACAAGUAUUUUCUUAAAGAUUGCACGAAAAGCAAAAGAGUGCCAGGUCUCGAAACGACAUUCAAUAAAACCUGGCAAGAUACAUCUCCAAAGCACAAACUCUAGUUCUUUACCAAAGGCGAAGAUCAAAACAUUGAAGAUGACAUUUGUGAUCGUCGUAGUGUUUCUCGUGUGUGGUAUUCCAUACUUCAUUGCCGAGAUGAUCAUGUCCUAUGGAGAUCAUUGUAUCAUAUCAGAUCUAGUGUAUGGAAUCAUUGGCGGGCUAGCGGCAGCAAACUCGGCAGCUAAUCCAUACGUUUUCUUAUUGUUCAAUUGCAAUGGACGAUACGCUCGUGACCGAAAACGAUCGAGCUCAGACGCCAUUGGGAAUUCGACCACUCGGACGGUUUAUUCAACGGCUAGUACUCGCUCUGACUACGUUGGCGAUUCCAAGAACAUUUAUCAACCGUCGAUAAAAUACAAGUGGAAUGCGAGCAGUCAAAACAGUAUGGAACUGAAUGCCAUGCGAUAAAAUGAACAAAUUUUUUCGUCUUCUUGAUAAAAUCAACUUCAUCAAAUACAACCAUUACCAUUAAAUUUUAAGAAGAAUUUCGUUUCAGCAAAAUAACGGCUUUGAUAGGAGUGUAAUGAUAAUUUUGACAACAUAAUAAAAUAGCUCGGAUCAAAAUGCACUGGAUCGACGAUGAAAUACGGGAUUUGAAUAACCUAUAUCUAUAUAUUGUGUAAGAUUUGUGACAAUGAUUAAUCAUCAAGGGAUACGAAAGAAAAAUUAUUGAUGUUCGUUAGUGCAAUAAGUUUCAGUUUGUGUAAAUAGUGUAUGUCGUAUGCUGUUUACAGAACCAACUAAACUGGAUAUGUAGUACGAUGGGUCCGCUAUACAGAGUACUAUUAUGACUUCAACAGAAUCAGCAAUGCCGUAUAUAUAGUGUUUAUUUUUUCAAAUAUGCUGAAUAUCUAUGACUUCCACAGAGCUGGCUGGACCUAGUAUGAGGAUUUGCGCUCUCAAAGUCAGAUAUUCUUGGAAUAAAGAAUGAAUUUCACAAAGUCGGAUUUACUGUAGUUAUAUUAAAAUGACACUAAACCAUUCUAUUGUAUAAAUUCUAACAUUUUAUGAAAAAUUAAACAUGUAUAUGAACGCUGAAACAUCCAUGUGCACUACGUCAUACACUCUGAGAAAUGUGUGCAAUAUGCUUAUUCACAUACUUCAUUUAUUUCUUGUCUAUUGCAUUUUAUGUUUUGUGUCAACAAACCAGCGACUCUUUUAAAAGAAAGAGAAUGGUAAUUUUGCAUUCUUCUUAUAAACUUUGCAAAUCAAUGCAGCAUCCAGCAUCCAUUUUAAACACCGAGACGACAAAAUGUGUGUCUCAGGUAAUAUCAUAUAAAUGAGUUUCGUGGUCAACACUUUCUUAUCAUAGUGAUAAUACCGAUAGUAUUAGUAUGUCAGUUUCUAAUCAAGCCAAAUUGGAUCAUAUUCAACAUACACACCGUAAGAAAAAAACAUAUGCUCUGAUAUGAGUAAAAUUGUUUACUGAAAACUCGUUUAAUUUAUGUUAAUAUUUUCUGCAAAGCAUUACAUGUUUUAAUCAACUAAACACGUUAUGCCGUUUGUUAUUAUGCAUGUACAUGUAUGUGUAUGUGUAUAAUAUACGGACUGCAUUUGUGUCAUCCACUAACUUCCUUCGCAUAUGUACAUUCACUUUACUUAUUGACUACCUCUUUAAAAUGUAAUUCCUUCUUCGGUGUUCUGGUCUUCUUCUAUGUUGUUUCAUCAAAAUAACUAUUGUUAUCAAAAUAUGAGAAACAUAUCUUGAUAGAAUAUAGAUUGAAUGGCUUUAGCUAUUGUAUGCGACUUUUCGACCAGAUAAAUAUUCGCCCUUCGUUAUGAAAAAUUGUAUUCGCCCAGUGUUAUUUUGCCUUUCAUAUAUACUUAUUAUGUGUCAUUCUUUUUACUAGUAUCUGCUGUCAUGAUUAAUUUGCCCUCAUUAAGGAGGGCGAAAGUUAAACUACAGAGAAUAUGUCUCGGUUUAAAGUAAGAUAUUUGUGCGAGUUAAGUACACAUGUAUUAGUUUAAUAAAUUGUAUAUACAUUUAUUGAAUAAGCAUACUGUUUGCUAUAUUUGCCCUUUAAUUUUUAUGCGAUCAGUCGAUGUACGAUUGUAUAGAUAAUGGUAUUUAGUAGAAUGUGUAUAUAGAUAUUUUUUCUGUACAUAGAAUUUAGUUAUAACAACAGUGUCGUGUCAAAACGAUAUCAAUUAUAUACAGCCAUAUAUUAAUUAUAACUUGUAGUAAUAGUUUAGCAUGUGAAAAGGUGUUACAAAAAUUGCAUAUGGUGAAAAAGGGUCCGGACAUGGUGAAAUAUGAUCAACCAUAUCUUGGCACGUUGAUUCACGAAUGAGAAAAUCAUCAUAGGUAAGUACAUGGUAUUAUAUAAGUAAGCAUGGUAGUAAAGUAUCAUCAAUUAUAUUCUUGUUUAGAUUCAAUACAUGUACAUUUGAAUAGCUUUCCGCACAACUUUUCUGAGCGAUUCAGUAUUUUAGCGCUAUAAUCAAUUUGAUACAUUGGAUUUUUUUUGUAUUAUGAAGAAUUGUUCAACGCUUUUUGUGAUUUAUACUUAAAUUGUGUUUUGAAAUAAAUGUGUAUUUUCAUGGACAGAAAAUAAGGAAUAUUUAUCUUACUGUGUCUUUGUAACGACGACAAAGCAAACUACACAAACAACAGCGCAUAUAAAAGAUAUACAUCAAGAUCACUUCAUUCGAGCAAGUAGUACAUAUAGUUUGCUUCCAUAGGCUCACAAGAUUCGCAAUAACUAAAUUUACAGUUGAUAAAAUUUCUUUUCUUUUGAAAUUAUUUUCCAUGCAUCAAUUCCAAUGUGAACCCAAACAAGCUGGAAAACUUGAACGUAAUCCAAUUUCAUUUUGAAGGGUUCAUAGUCACAAUGGCUGUCUCGGGAUUUUUCUUACCAACUGGUAUCUUCAAUAAAAGCGUUUUACUGCUCUUCCAAGUUUUCAAUGAAACUUUCCUACGUGACUAUAAUUAUUUAGGACUGAUUUUAUCAACCUCUUCCGUUUUAAAUAUCUAUUCUCACUCACAUUAACACACUUUCCUCUUUGACAUGAUAUUAUAUUUAUACUUCAGGUAUUUACCAUUGUUUAGAGUGUCUAUAUGGGCGAUUCGAAUAUGAUAUACGUUUGGGUUCGAGUCCAAUAGGCGGCAAUUGGAUAAUGCACUCACCUUUCACCAAGGCGGUCGGUGUUCGAUUUCCCGGUUGGACUUGAACACUAUCAAACACAAACCCACCAACUUUCCUACAAUUUAAAAGUUUACAAAUUAAAGUAGAUCCACCUGAAACUUCAUCAAAAACCGGAGGGAAAAGUAGAUUCAGGAAAGAUAAACAGUUUGAGUCAACGUUUAUCUUUUUAAACCAUAAUCGGAAAUUUAGACAUGUAAAUCUUAAAUUCCAAUAAAUGCAUCGCUAUUAUAACGACAAUUCUCAUAAACACGGAGAAAAUGACUUUUGUAUUUGUAUAUUCAGUUGUCGAAUUGCCUUUGUUUAUAUUGAUCAGUGUAUUAUUUUAAGAAAUCGCAGCAUAUUAUAGACAGAUCCCCCAAAUUAAAACCCUUUUGGACUAGAUAUAAUCAUAUUUGAAGCUUAAAAACUAAGUAAAAAAAUACACGCAUAAAGAUUCAUUCGUAUUUAUUUCUUUAUUGAUUUUAUAGCUUGGUCCAGUGGGAAAUAUUGAAAUCUCUUUUGUCGAAGUUUGUGAAUUGACAAUUGUAGAUACAUGUAAAUAUUGUCAAUUAAAAGUAGACAUUCUACGAAUGUCGAAGCACUUCAUGUAAACUGACUUUUUGGUUCUCUCUUGUGAUCUGCUUAUACCAAACAAACGAAAAGGUAAUUCCUCAUAUUUACGACAAUAUUUUUAUUACUAUUCCAUUGGUGACUUGAACAAUGACGAUUUUGUAAUAUUAGUAUCUCUUAUCUGAAACUCUAAUGUUCAGAGGUAAAAUACCAAUUCAAGUCGCCAGUCUGUACAGAUAUGUGUUGUACGAUAAUGAUCCAUGAUGAUUAAA